CAAUAGUUUCAAAUUACGCGCGUUGGCGACGUGGCGCCAUGUCGCGGUGACAGGAUGCCAAGGCCGUUUUAUUGAUAUUUUUAUAUACUUUGUAACUUAUCGGAGGCUCCGUUAUUUAUAAAAACCAAUUGUACGAAAAAAGUUUUCGUUUUAUGGUAAGCAGUUUGCUCCGAGCUGGUAGAAGUCUCCUGAACAUGGCUAAACCCAAAGUGAUUUUUGUUUUGGGGGCUCCAGGUGCGGGAAAGGGGACGCAGUGCCAGAAAAUUGUCGAUAAUUUUGGGUACGUCCAUUUAUCAGCGGGCGAUUUGUUACGGGAGGAGAGGGCGAAGCCCGACUCCAAGUAUGGAGAGCUCAUUGAGACCUAUAUUCGGGAGGGUAAAAUAGUUCCGGUGGAGAUCACGUGUAGUCUCCUCGAAAAUGCGAUGAAAAAGUCUGGGAAAGAGAAGUUCCUGAUUGAUGGAUUUCCCCGAAACCAAAAUAAUCUAGACGGUUGGAAUAAAACCCUCGCCGAUAAUGUGAAAUUGUUGUUUGUUUUAUUCUUCGAUUGUCCGAAGGAGGUUUGUGUUGACAGGUGUUUGGGACGUGGCGCUGCGGGCAGUGGCCGCUCUGAUGAUAAUAUGCAAAGUUUAGAAAAACGGUUUAAUACUUUUACUCAAGAAACUCAACCUAUUGUUAAAUAUUACGAGGAGAGAGGAUUGGUUAGAAACAUCGACGCUACUAAGGCCCCUGAGGACGUUUUCGGGCGGGUUAAGGAGGUGUUCACUGAAGUCGAAGCAGGCGGCGACUUUUAAGACCAAAAAAGUGGGGUUACGUUUUGGGUAUUAAUAAGGUAGAUGAACAUUCCUCAAUCUUCACUUGAUUUGCAUUUAGUCUAGUCAGGGGCUCAUCGUUUUAAUUAAUUCUCCUUAAUAGCCGUGUACUGUACCUAAAGUACUUAAUUGUAAUUGUUACCUGUAGAACUCAAAGCAUUGCCCUUGCACACGUGGGUCAUACAAGGCAAUAAAAUUCAUUACUAGGCGACAGUAUUGCUCAACAGACUAAGUGUAUAAUAUGUGUCAUGUGCCCUAUUGCCUUGGAAGUGAAAUAAAUUUUUAUUGAAA